AUGCACAACAGACAUGUUUCAGAUGCCAUAAGAAUGCGUACUAGUGACGAGAUUAUGGGUGACGUCCAGGAUGUCAUGGAAUUGAAGCUCCUUGAUGAAGAACGACCUGAGGGCGACGAGCAUAUCGAAGAUGAUUCUUAUGGUGUCGAAGACGAAGACGGACUCCAUAUGAUAAGGCAAGUGGUUCCAGAAACAGACAAUCCCCUCCUGCCGUCUUUGACCUUCCGUGCUGUCGUGCUUGGUACUAUAUUCACCGUGCUUGGGGCUGGAAUGUCUCAAUUGUUUUUCUAUAAAUCCAACGCUCCCUCUUUCAGCAGUUACUUCGUGAUUUUAGUGACACUGCCUCUCGCACGAUGGAUGGCCCGAUUCCUACCUGAUAGUGUAGUGAAUCUGUUUGGAUGGCGCUUUAGACUCAAUCCGGGACCAUUCAAUGUGAAAGAGCAUGUUCUUAUUGCUGUUAUCGUCUCUUCUGGUGCCACCAGUGCCUACGCCUCGGACAUUAUAAAUAUCCAAGAACUCUUUUUUGGACAACACAUGUCUGCAUUACCAUCGCUUGCCUUGCUUAUUACCACGCAAGUCAUUGGAUUCGGGUUUGCUGGUUUGGUCUACGACCUCCUCGUUCGGCCACCUAGCAUGGUGUUCCCUGGUUCUCUUGUAACUGUUUCAUUAUUUAAUACUCUUCAUGAUCAGGAAUCUGUACUCACUUUCAAGCGAAUGCGUUUUUUUAUACUCGCCUUUGCUGGCAUUUUUGUUUACCAGUUCAUCCCAACAACGCUGUUCCCCACUUUGAGUAGCAUUGCAGUUCUUUGCUUUGCCCAUCGGAGCCGGAUCACGCAGAUUUUGAGCUCUGGCUAUCGUGGUUUUGGAAUUGCUAAUUUAAGUUUUGAUUGGAACGUCCUUGGUCACAGCGGUCCCUUGUUCCAGCCUUGGUGGGCAGCCCUUAAUUUCUACGGAGGACUUAUGGCAAUGAUGUAUAUCAUCAUGCCCAUCCUUUACUUUAGCAACUUUUGGGAUGCUAAAAAGUUUCCCACCGUUCUCAGUUCGGCAUUGUAUACUACCAGAUUUGGCUCUUUCAAUGUAAAUGGUGUGUUGAACAAGGAUAAUACAUUGAAUGACAUGGCAUGGGAAGAGAGCAAGCCUAUGUUGUUGACCCCUUUUUUCGCUUUAUCUUAUGGCAUUAGCUUUGCGAUUCUCACUAGUACUAUCACUCACGUUCUUCUCUGGCAUGGCAAAGAUAUCAAGAGAGCGCUCUGGAACCCGAUUUAUUCUGACGUUCACAAUCAACUCAUGAAAGCUUAUCCUUUGGUUCCCCAAUCAUGGUAUUUGUGGAUUUUGUGUAUUUCGCUUUCAAUUGCAGUCGUUCUCGUACUUACAACACCGCUUCAAUUUCCUGUGUGGGGAUUGUUCCUAUCUGUUGGCAUGUCACUUUUCUUCCUAAUACCUAUUGGAAUCCUAAAAGCGGUUAGUGACACCGGCGUCGGACUAAAUGUCAUUACGGAAUUUGUCGCAGGAUAUCUCAUACCCGGCAAGCCCAUUGGGAAUGUAUGCUGGAAGUGCUAUGGAUAUAUGAGCUGUGCUCAAGCGCUUGACAUGAUCAGCGACCUAAAGUUGGCUCACUAUAUGAAGAUUAACCCUAAACACAUGUUCUUGGCACAGCUCCUAGGCACCGUUAUCGGGUGCAUUGUUAAUUAUAUGGUAAUUUGUGUUGUACUGGCACCUGAGAAUGGAUACCGCGGCUUUCUUGAUGGCAGUGUCACCGAUCCUACGGGACAAUGGGAUGGACGCAAAAUUCACAUUUUCCGUUCUGCGUCUAUUAUUUGGGGCGCAGUGGGACCUGAAAAAUUUUUUUCUGGGAAGUACAAGUAUUUGUACUGGGGCUUCGUCCUUGGUGCUCUUUUACCAUUUAUCCCCUGGCUAUUGCAUAAGCGGUUUCAAAAGAAAAUGCCGAAUGGCAAUCAGAGCACUGUAUUCAGUCGUACGGUGGUGCCAAUUUUGCUUCAUGGAGCCAUUGCACCACCUGCUACGCCCACGAAUCAGAUUAUCUUAGGUGGAUUUAUAUGCUCAUUUUUAUCCCAAAAAUGGGCGCGAGAGAAAUACCCUCGGUGGUUCCAAAAGUACAAGUACGUUAUGCUACGACUAAGAUUCCAGCUAUGUUUUGUCCGCCGCUUUGGAUGCAGGUAUGUGUAUUAUAAUGCUUAUCACAGGCUCAUCGAUCAAUGCGCUGACUGUCUUUUUGCUUUCUAUUUCGAUAUUCCGUUGGUUCGGCAAACCUCACGGUGGGACCUUUGGCACAGAUGUGGAGCACUGCAAGGUGGAUUGAUUGAUGACUGUAUCAUAGACUAA